AAGAUCGCCGCAUGCAAUGCAACAGUAGAUUUGGGUUCAUGCUUUAUUGACAGCAGUUAAAAACCCAGCACGCCAUUACUCGCUUUCUUUUUCCCAUUUUUCAUUUAUUAUUAAAUUUUAUAAAGAUAAAUUCUACAAAUAAGAGAGAUAGAUCAUGCGAUGUAUUCAAUUUGAUAGGUCUGCAAAUCUAGAUAAAGAAUUCGGAUUUCUCUUAUUAAAAUUGCAGCCUGUUUACAGAGUUAUAAUAAAUCCACGGCCACAGAGACCAAAUCUAAAGAUACGAUGAAAUUCAAGUCUAGUGGUGAUGGGUCAUCAUCAUCGAAGGCCAGGAUUGAUUCAUCUAUCAACAAGAAGAAACUUGUAGAGAAAUCCAGCUCCAAAUCUGAGCUAAAAACGAAAACAACAUCGAGUUCAUCUAAGACUGUCAACAAAACAGUGACCAAAACCAGAGAAAAGAAAGUUUUUUCCUUGCCGGGACAGAAAUAUGAUGUCCCUGAAGAGCGAGAACCACUGAGGAUAUUCUAUGAAUCAUUAUCAAAGCAGAUACCGUCAAGUGAAAUGGCUGAGUUUUGGUUGAUGGAACACGGGAUGCUGUCUCCUGAAAGAGCGAGGAAGGCAUUCGAGAAAAAGCAGAGGAAGCAAAAGCAACUUCGGAUGGGUACUCCUAUAAAAUCUUCAACGACACGACCUUCAAGUUCAAGUAAACCUGCAAUCUUGAAAAAGCCACUGCUGGCCUCCAAAAGUGGUGACGCAAAAGCAAAGAAACGGAUAUUAGUUGACAGCGAUGAGGAAGAUGAUUUUGUGCUGAGUCCCAAGAGGCGGAAAGGGUAAGCAGAAAAUCUUCUGUUCCUGUCUGUAUCAAUGUAGUUCUUAGAAAAAAUGGCUAAAUUAGAUCCCUUGGGAUUUUAAUUGCAAUAGAUUGAAACCAUCAAAAGGAUGAUAGAUGCAAAAUUCUUUAUAUUUCCUAAUCGAUGACAACAAUAUACACAGACUGAAACCUUUGUCUUUGACAAAAUAAGUUAUUUCAUACAAUGAGACCCAGCUUAAUUGUUUAUACUA